AUGGGCUGGGAUCCAAUUAAGCGCACAAUAGAUGCACCAGAAGAAUGGUGGGCUGAAAAACUACAGCCAGUGCCGUCAGCAAAAAAAUUUAAAUUCGUUGGCAUUGAUCCAGUAAUGGAGGAAAAACUAGAUGGAUUGUUCACUGGGGUUGUCGCUACAGGAACUCAUGCGUUCACCCCAAAUGAUAUAGGGUUGAACAACUCAGCCCAAGAGAUGGAUACCGACAAUGAGCUCGAGAUAUUCAGGGAAGUCAGGGCAAAUGAUGUGCCAAUGUGGGCUACCGUCAUUGCUUUUUUACAUCACGACAGACACAUAGAUACAGGCGACAAUUCUACAGGUGCCCGCGGUGGGGACAAGGACCGGACGACUGCAAAUUCUUCAGAUAUGUUUUAG